CUGGGGGCUUUUGGGGCUGUGUGAAGCAGGACUUGGAUGGUUUGAUGUGCUGGCUGUUGGUGGCCUUAAGAGAAAAGCGUUGGACGCCGUGAUUAGGUUAAAAAAAAAGGGUUUGGGGAGGAAGAGCCGGCUCAGGGUGUGCCCCUGGAUCCGGGCGGGGUUUUAGGGAGCAGCGCUGGAUUUUCCACCCUCAGCCCUGACCCCACGGGCUGUGCUGGACCUCAAGUGGACGCGGUGGAGAUGCGGGAGAGACUGCGGAGCUGCUGAAAGGGUUAAGGGGUGCCGGGGAGCCCCGGAGGGAUCCCACCCUCUGCCCAGUCCCGGGAAUCCCGCGGUGCUAAUUGCGCACUAAUCAGAUCAAAGGCUCCAAUCAGGGAAUCGACACCCCCGGGUCCCCAGCCCGGGCUGUUCUUUGUCUGGGCGAGGACGGCAGCGAUGUGGCUUCUCCGCACCCUCGCCUGGGCUCUCUUGAGCCCCGUCCUGGCCACCGAGCUGAGCUUGCAGGAAAGUUUCUUGUUAAAAUCCUUGGGUCUGAGCGCCAAGCCCAGCCCCAAAAGCCCCGUCCCGGUGCCGCCCGUGCUCUGGAGGAUCUUCCAGAAGAGGAAGGCGCUGCCCUGGCCGGACAAAGAGCUGGAUGCCUGUAGGGUGGAGGAGUUUAAUGUGCCCGGGAGCAUCGUCCGUGUCUUCGCUGACCAAGGCCGCUUCCUCCCCGAGGGGCAGCCCCAGGGGUGGCUGUGUCUGCGGAAGCUCCUGUUCUUCAACCUCUCCGCGCUGGAGGAGGGCGAGCGCUUGACCAUGGCCCAGCUGGAGCUCCAGUUCCACCACAACUCCUACCACGCCCCCAGCCCGGGCCAGGUUUUGGAGCUCCGGCUCUACCAGGUGUCCCCCCGGGGGCUGCCCCAGCCCGGCCGGAGGCCGCUGGUGGAGCGGUCAUUUGUCCAGCUGCACAAAUCCCUCCUCUUCAACCUGAGCGCGGCGGUGAAGGACGGGAAGAUGCCGGGCAGGAAUUUGGCCUUGGUGCUGGAGAUCUCGGCCAGCGGCCGCGCCGGGGACAGCGGGACCCUGCGGAGCCUCUGCGCCAGCACCGACGCCUUCGCGGCCACCUCGCUGCUGGUGGUGACGCUGGGCCAGCAGUGCCAGGCUGCCCGCAGGAGGAGGAGCGCCCCAAGCCCCUCGGUGACCCCCAGCACCCUGUGCAAGCCCCGCCGGCUCUACAUCAGCUUCAGCGACGUGGGCUGGGAGAACUGGAUCAUCGCCCCCCAGGGCUACCUGGCCAACUACUGCCGCGGGGACUGUCCGUUCCCGCUGGCGGCCGAGCUCAACAGCACCAACCACGCCGUGCUGCAGACCAUGGUGCACUCGCUGGACCCCCAGGGCACCCCCCAGCCCUGCUGCGUCCCCGUCAGGCUCUCCCCCAUCUCCAUCCUCUACUACGACAACAGCGACAACGUGGUGCUGCGGCACUACCAGGACAUGGUGGUGGACGAGUGUGGCUGCAGGUAGCGGGGUCUGUGGGGGAAGGAUGGGCAGAGGGGAUGGAUGGAUGAAUGCAUGGAUGGAUGGAUGGAUGGAAAUGUGUGUGAAAUCCCCGCUGUGUUCAGGUGGUUCCAGAGCGUCAGGGACUCCCCUCUGUACUGGGGAUGGUCUGGCACUAAGGGGGCGUUGCUGGAGUUGAUUAAGGAUUAGUUGGGUGAUGGGAUUAUGGGAUUAUGACCAGGCCUGGUGCUGGUUCCCUUCUCCACAGGUGAUGGUGGCACCGGGCUGUGAAUCCCACAUUUCCCCUCUGCUUGUGCCAGGCACCCCAGGGCUGCAGCUUUUGGGGUUUUGGCUGAACGCUGCAGAUUUCUCAGGGCAUAAAUGACUUUUCUGGGUGAAAUGGGGCCGGGGUGUGAUCCAGCUGCAGGGACAGGCAUGGGGUGACCAAAUCCCUUCCCAGCAGAGGCAGAGCCAGGCAGGAGCUUUCUCUUGUGCUGUGGGGGCUGUUUUUAGGGUGUGGUUGGUGAUGGGGUGGUUUAGGGACAGGGGUUGUGUUGGGUGGCCAAGUGCAGUGGAGGUUUUGCUUAAGAAAUGAAGGUUUUACCUAAAAAAUCCCCUGGGAGCCGCGUGCCAAGGGCAGGAUCCUGCAGGCGAUGUUGUGGCUGAGGGAAUUCAGGGAGGCGUGGUGGGGUCAGUGGCAUCUCCUCCCCUCUCAGCCUGCUGCGAGUCAGUAUUAAUUUACCUCAUUUGCAAAUCGAUGAGCCCAGGGUGUCCCUGAGUGUCCCGGGGCAGGAGCCAGGUGGCAGCCGAGCCUCAGGCGAGGGCAGAGCACAGAGCUCUGCACUCUUGCGCUUUUUCGGGUUAUUUUUGGUUUAUUUGUUGGCUUUUGUGCGCGGUGGUGUCACUGAGCUCUUCAGGAGUCGCUUCACGGGGCAGGGCUGGGCAGCAGGGACCCGAAUUUCCACCACUUCCCAUCCUUGGCCGCUUUUCUUCCACUUCCAGAGCGUGGGCUCGGAGAGGUUUGGAGCCCGGGCCCAGCUCCUGAGCUGUUCCCUGAGCGUGUAAAGCCGCCAGAGUGAGGCUUUCCUGCCACCACUUUCGGGAUUUUGGGGGAACUGAAAAGGAAUCCGAGGCAGACUUGAAUUUUUUCUCUUUGUUUUUGAACUGUGAACCUGACCCCGUAGCGCAGCUUUGGGUUUUUUGCUGUUUUUGUAGCAGUGUUGUGUCUUUUGAGGUCUGAUGAAGUUUUCCCACCUCCUCCCCCCAGGGGAAGCACUGAGGGUUUAACCACUGUGGGUCCCCUGUGCUGGUGUUUUUUUUUUUGUUUAACACCUGAAAUGUGGAGCUGAAGACCGAGCCUGGAGCAGCUUUAGUUGGAUUCACGUUCCCAAAUCCAGGUGUUUUUCCACCCAGCCCUGCUCUGCUCCAUUUUAGUGUUUUAAGGGCUUAACUCCAGCCAGCAGGAGCCAUUUAGUUCUGAUUUAAGACGGGCAGGAGGAAGAAAACCUUUGAGUAUUCCUGGGUUUGUCCCUGUGGCCACCUAGGACAGGACCUGGGGUGACCCUGGCGUGAGUUUGUGCCCAGGGUGGUGCCAAGGCCAGGCCUAAACCCCCACCCCGACCCCCCCCAGGCCCAGCUUUGAGCCCCCACCCCCGAGCCUGGCAGGGCAAAGCCAUGUUCGUGUUUCCUGCAGGGCAGGGGGAGUUUCCAGGCUGGGCUGGGCCCCUCCAGCUCCAGCUUUUCCCAAAUCCUGGGGCUCCCACCCCCUGCACGGGCUGGAAGAGGGUGGGGGCAUUUCCCAGUUUCCCCAGUUUCGUUGCUCACCCCCCUCUGCUAUGCACACCCCCACUUUUGUACUAGUCCGUGUUUAAAAAAAGUAAUAAACUUGAAGUUUAUACAAUCAGA